AUGACAGAAGCAUCCAAGACCAAGCGGCGCCGAAAUCGGGUCCCCAUCUCCUGUUUCAGUUGCCGAACACUGAAGACUAAAUGCGAUGGUGCACGGCCAGUAUGCUCUACGUGCGCCAACAAUGGUCGUGAAUGUACUUUUGUUCCGCAGGGCAUAGCGAAGGGUACUAGCACCAUGGUACUGGUCAAGGAAGACUAUUUACGUACACUAGAAAAGCAUUUCGAAUCGGUCAAGAGCGCGGUAAUUGAUUCUACGCCCGAUACAACAAUAGACUCUGGGCCUUCUGCUGCUGUUCAAGAUCAGCAGGCAUCAGACCCGACUUGCUCCCUAUCCUCGACUGUGACUCCCAAUACAAAAACCCUUUCGUCGACGGCGAUAGCAGUCGAUUCUAACGUGUCAAUUGGGUGUACCUCAUUUACUCGGUCGAUUCUGAACAGUCUUCAUGACCACAAUUCCCUAGAAGGUCAAUCCGAGAUGUCUGGUGGCGAGACCCCCGCGAAGCAAUCCUACCUGACAUUGGAGGAUCUAUAUAUCCUACCAGACAAUACACCGGAGGUUUUGGAUCGAUAUUUUACUCUUCGGAACAUCAUUGCACCUUUGUUUCACGAGCCCACCGUGAGGCCGAUUUUCAAUGCCGCGCUACGUUGCCCCCCGGAAGAGAGACAUCUGCAUCGGUCCUCAUUCAUUCUCCUGAAUAUGAUCCUUGCUAUUUGUGCUUCCCACUGGCUGCUUGAUGUUGAUGAAAACAAUCGCACGGCACGAAAACAUCAUGAUAUUGCGAUGACACUUCUACAGCCUACCAUGUUGCGUGAUUGGACCCUGGAACAUGUUCAAGCUCUGCUUCUGGGCGCCAGAUAUCUCCAAGGCACGAACCGUGUUGCGGAAUGCUGGAAUACGCUUGGUCUGGCUAUUCGAAUCGCUCAUGGCUUGCGUCUACAUCAAGAACCGCAUGCGUCAGACCCACCCCCGUUGCGUGAAACUAAACGGAGAGUUUGGUACUCUAUCUACAUGCUUGAUAUGCAUUGGAGCAUGAUAUACGAGCGUCCAGCAGCUACCCGAUCCUCUGAAUUUUCCGUAUGCGUACCCGAAGAUCUCGAUGAUGUCUGUAUCCAGGCAGACAGGGUGCUCUAUCCGACGCCCAGGCUGCCAUCGUUCCUCUCCUUUUUUCUUCAAAAUAUCAAGUUGUAUCGUAUAGUUGAAAAGACAUUGGCCCACUUAUCAGAGCGCAGACACGAGCGGAGAGAAAAGGCAGAGAUGGUGAUGUCUCUUGAUGAAGACUACCAGACAUGGCUCCGAGAGCGUCCAGCACAUCUCAUUCUCAAUACUCAGGACCCCCCGGAGCCGGUAUGGAUCCUUGCAUUGCGUGGUAAUAUGGUUUGUAUAUUAAUUCAUCGACAAUCGCUGGCUACGACUUUGCACGAGAGAGACAAACCCGGGCCCAUUGAGGAGUCCACGGUCUAUCAUAUUUUGCGUUCAAGUCAGAGAAUCUGCAUAAAUGCCGCGAUAGAUUCGAUUGAUGUCGUCGCCUUGAGGCACGAACACACAAAAGAGUCAAUAGGCCUUGACUGGUUCAAUGUCUACUACUUAUUCAAUGCCGUGAUAGCCUUGGUCUCGUAUAUAAUCAAUCCGUCCUACACCCAUGACCCACCUAUCCUUGAGAAAAUGGAAAAGGCACUCCAUAUGAUCAAAUCAAUGUCGAGAAACCAUUCUUUCGCCCAACGGGCCCACUCUUUUCUACGGCAACUCAUCGAGUACAUGCAUCCACCCCAGGUUCCACAAGAGCGAAGAUCGGAUUUCCACACGCAGACAGAGCCGCGAGCAGCUGCCGGAACCUCUGAUAUGUCCGUUGAUUUAAGCACAUUGUUUGACAUGGCACAGAAUCUCACGGGCCAUUUAGAGUCCCAGCUAGGAGAUUUCGACUGUCAGGGGUUAUCUGAGCCAAUGUGGACCUUUAAUGAAGAAGCACCAUUUGAUUAUUUCCCGUAG